AUGGCAAUCAUGCCCAAGUUGAAUCAGAGAAGUCAUUUAAAAUUUUUAAGUAAUAAUAAUAGAUUUGCUUAUCUUCAUGGUGGUUGGUUCUUUAAUGGCACAUUUACUCAUUGGAGGAUAUGGAUAGCCAGUAGGAAUGUUGCCACACACAGAUCUAUUAGCCAGAGCGAAAUAUUUAAUACGUUUGAUAAUACUUUGAGUAGACAAAUUGUAACGCAACCCAACGAAAUGUCCGAUAACAUUCCAAAUGGAGAUAUUGUUACAGUCGGAAGUGUUAAU